AGAUCCACUAGUGGGUGUGGACGAACUUUGAGCCUUUGAACCCAGCUGGGUGUGAAGGUUUCCUGUUCCUGUGACACUGAGCGUUCUGCAGGAGUUUUACUUACAUCGUCGCAGCUUCGUUUUCCUUCCGAUCAGACCCCAACACACACGGAUAAUUCAAUCUAGUACAAUGUCGGGAUCAGAUGAGCUGUCGCUGGAAGAUGCUUUGGACUUUAAACCACAGAAGAAAACAGAUGUAGUUGAUCCAAAGAAAGGAACACCUUCAAAUACACCCUAUGGACAAGGUCCUCCUGGGUUAUAUCCAGGAUUGCAACCAAAUGCUCCAGCACAGCCAUACCCAUCUGGUCCUCAACCUGGAGUUCCUACCCAGCCAUAUCCUGGUGGAACUCAUCCAAAUCAACCAUUUCCUUCCGCACCAACUGGACCCCAUCCAGCUCCAAACCAACCAUAUCCAUCUGCACCAACUGGACCCCACCCAGCUCCAAACCAACCAUAUCCAUCUGCACCUACAGGUCCACAUCCAACUGCACCAACACCGUCAUAUCCAGGAGGACCAGCUGGUCCCAAUCCAAAUGCCCCAUAUUCUUCAGGACUCCCGGGGUCCUACCCAGGAGCUCCUUCUGGUCAGCAUCCUGGUGCCCCUACAGGGCCUUAUCCAUCAGCCCCUACAGGGCCUUAUCCAUCAGGUCCAACAGGGCCAUAUCCAAGUGCACCUUCUGGACAGUAUCCUGCAGCACCUUAUCCUUCAGCACCUUCAGGACCAACAGGAAUGCCAUCACAAUAUCCUAAUCCUUCUGGUGCUUCUGGUCCAUCUUAUCCACAUCCUUCUGGGCCUGCUCCUUCUCCCGGUGGGCCCUACCCAGCCCCCAAUGUACCCUUUCCAUCACCUUCUGGUCCAUAUGGUCAGUCAGGAUCUACAGGCCCCUCACCAGGAGGGCCUUGGGGUGCUGGAUCGUGGGGAUCAGGAGGACAGUACCCUACACCACCAAACCUGCCAUAUCAAGCCUCUGGGCCAUACCCAGCUCCUAGCCAAGCUCCUGGAGCUGUACCAUCAGUACCUUGGGGAUCUGUGCCACCUGGGCAAUGGGGACCACCAGCAUCUUAUCCAUUUCCAGGGGCCCCUGGAUCUUAUCCCUGAAGUUGCCAAGUUCCUAAACUGAGCUUGACCAUCAGUGCCAUAUUUCUUGGUCAUUUUUUGCUUAAUCAAGAAGUACUGCUGGAAGAAUUGACAAACCCCUUUAAGAAAACAACAUGGCAACAUUGAAAGCCUCAGCAUGUUUACCUAUGAAUUUACUAGAAAACGCUUUGGUGUGUUAUUCUUUUGAUGAAAACAAAUCUAGUUACUCACUUUCAACUAUAAAUAUAUAUAAAUAUUCAUAAAGACUCCAAAGAAUCGGACCCUGUGUUGAUUAAAACAUCAAGAAUUUGUUAAACACUAGUAAGUUUUACACAAGAUUCUUUUUUGUCGUGUGUGUGUGUGUGUGAGGACAAGCAAUGCAUAUUAGAGGAACAUCUUCCUACCUUAAAGGGACAUGAAACCAAACAUUUUUCUCACACAAUUUAUUAAAUUUACUUCAUUCUCAUGGUAUUAAUUGUUUAAGUGAUAUCUAGGUAGGUAUCAAGCACAUUUCUGGAGCAGUACACGACAGGGACCACGGCUGCCACCAACUGUUCUUGUAUAUGUAUAACACGAUUAUAAAACUGCUGCCAAAUAUUGCUCCAGUCACGUGUACGCUACCACACCUUCCUAUCUGCUUUUCAACCAAGGACACCAAGAGUACAAAGUAGAUUUCAUAACAGAAGUAUGUGUGUGUAUAUAUACACACACAUAUAUAUAUAUAUAUAUAUAUAGCACAUGUACGAAAAGCGUUCGAUUCUAGGGAGUACACCUCUUACCUGUAUGGCUCUUAUCCAAUAAAUUGUUGGAUUAUAUUGAUUAUGACUACGGGACUCAGUCUUUUCUUAUGAUUUAUCAUGUUAUAUUACCAUCUCAAAGUGUUUAAUGUCCCUUUAAGUGGCUGUAUGAGAAGGAAUAAGUGUACAUAUGGUUUAAACCCUCCUCCCACACACACAUAUGUAUUGUUUAGUGUCCCUUUUAAAAGGACAUUCAACGCCUCUUGCAAUUGUGACAAAUUGUCCCUUUUCCCCCAUACUGCAUAGACAGGGCAAAAGGCACAAUCUGUAACCUACAAAUGCAGCAAAUUAAGGGGAAAAAAAAAUCCAAUGUUCAUUUCUUACAGGCAACUGCGGCACAUCAAAUAGUCGUUAUCAUGGAACGUAACCUAUAGAUAAACAAUCUGUUUUGUAGCUCUCCAGAAGAAAAAGCAAGUGAACGUGCAAAACCUUAACCAGCAAAUGAAAACGGUUGAAACAAUUAGCUUAUUUUUAUAGAUUCGAGUGCCCAUUUAAUCCACUGAGUUGAAAUAGUGUUUGGCUGUUUCAAAAUAUUUAUAUUAAAGAUUUAUCAUUUUGAAUUGUACAUUUCUCAGGUGCUCAAAUAUUGAGUGGGAACUUUAUAUAACUGGUGGCGAAGUGUCCGCUGAAUAAUUAUCUAUAAAAGCACCAUAUAAAUAAACACAGUUAUAGGAAAAAUAAA